AUGGUACCGGAAAUUUGCCUCGCCGCACUGGCACUGGCUCAUCAUGUCUACUCUGCCUCCGUUUCCUCUCUCCCUGUCCGUCUAGAAACACGAACAGAUCUCACUUCACGCGCUGCGAAUAUACACGUCUCUUAUGACAAGCUUGUCGAGGGCGUGCUUGGCUUUACCUACGGAUCGUGCCUGGAUCGAGAGCAGACCGACUCGCACCAUGUCAUUGGACGUCACGCACCUUCGAGCGCCAGCCACCGGCUUGUCUGGGUGAUUCCUGAGGAUGCGUUUUCUGGCGGAUGUAUUUCAGCCUGGGAUCAAACUGGCGCACUGAUCGGAAGGAGUAAGCCUCAGCGACUUGCUUCGCAACGCAGCCGCAAAAGAGGGCUUGAGGAACUUCACAAGCGCUCUUCUAUGAAGAAGCGUGACGCUGGAAGUGACUCUAACGCAAUUCCGAUGUCGAACGCCAGCGGUAUCAACGCCUGGGGGCCUUGGUUUGAUGGCGUCGAAUUGCUCCAAUCCAAGAACCUCAGCGGUGUAGAAGUCAAUGAGGCCAAGAGCAAGAACAUUGCAAUCGUUGGUGCCGGGAUGUCUGGGCUCAUGACCUUUUUGUGUUUGAAACAGGCCGGUUUCGAAAACUUGGAGAUUAUUGAGGCCGGUGAGAGGCUUGGUGGCCGAGUCCACACGACGUAUUUGACCGGAGGACCGUUCGAUUACUCGUACCAGGAAAUGGGCCCAAUGCGUUUUCCUAAGACGUGGACCUCAUCAAAAAAUGAGACCUACAACAUCACCGAUCAUCAACUUGUUUUUCAACUAGCUGCUGAAAUGAACGAGCUAAACAACAAAGAUGCCAAUUGGAGCGUGGAUUUCAUCCCUUGGUAUCAGUCAAACAGCAACGGGCUUUAUUAUCAUAAUGGCAUUAGAUUAGACAAUGGAUUGCCACCCACUGUCGCGCAAGUUGCUGCCAACUCGUCUCUCUCCAUCCAGCCGGUCAACUUGCCAUCUACGGAUGCCCUUGAGGACCAGAUUGCAUCUGUUACAACCUCUGAUGAGUUUUACGCUGAGAUGGCAACGAACAUGUUCGCGGCCCAUAAGGAGUUCCUUGAAAGUGGUCUUAAUGGCCUUCCAGGCGACCAAUGGUCUGAAUUUGCCUAUAUGGUCAGCUAUCUUGGAGCAAACCUCAACGAUACUGACAUUGUCUCUGAUGGAGCUGGUGGUGAUUCAUUCUGGGACACGUGGUACGAUGGUCUUUAUUUCUCUGCCGCAACCUGGGCUACCAUUAACGGUGGCCUUUCGCGGCUCCCAGCGUCUUUCCAUCCGUUAGUAGACAACUACACCACAAUGGCUCGGAAGAUCGAGCGAGUAGGAUGGGACGCGGAGACGCAGAAGGUAAGCCUGCAGUGGCGUAACAACUACACCGACACGGUCUUCCAGAAUUCUACACACGACUACACCGUUGUUGCAGUCCCUUUCAGUGUUGUCAAAAACUGGAGAAUGCCUGAUCUCGGGUCAACGACCAUGUCCAAUGCCAUCACCAACAUGGCCUACGGAAUUGCUUGCAAGGUGGCAUUGGAGUUCGAAACUCGCUUCUGGGAGCACUUGGACAACCCUAUCUACGGCUCGUGUUCUACUUCGACAGAUAUCCCCGGAAUUGGCUCGAUCUGUUAUCCGUCGUACAACAUUAAUGGCACUGGUCCCGCAACCAUGCUCGGCAGCUACAUCAGUGGCGGCCAGUGGGGCGAGAGGUGGGCCUCUGCGACAGAGGAUGAGCAUGUGCAGUACGUGCUGCAAGCCAUGGCUGAGAUUCACGGCGAAGUCGUUCAAGAACAGUACACUGGCAAGUACGAUCGGCGAUGUUGGGUUCUCGAUCCUCUUGAGAGUGGUUCGUGGGCUAGUCCAUCCAUUGGCCAGCACCAGCUUUAUCUGCCAGAGUACUUCAAGACCCACAACAAUGUCAUCUUUGUUGGCGAGCACACAUCAUAUACGCAUGCUUGGAUUGCAUCGGCGCUUGAGUCGGGGAUCCGUGGCAGUGUGCAGUUGAUGCUCGAGCUGGGCCUUGUCGACGAGGCCAAGGCCACCGUGGAAAAGUGGAUGGCUCGUUGGAUUGAAGUGGGGCGCUAUGCCAAUGCCUUCAUAUUUAACGACUUGUCCUUGCUGGACUUCAAUAAUUAG